GCACAUGUCUCCAUCCCCUCAUAUUUAUAUCCCCUUGUUUUCCCCUCUUGUCUGUGAUCCUCAGAUUCCAUUCCUAACUCAAUUCCCUCCAAACUCAAUUCACUUUACAUUCCCAAGAAAACAAAACUUUCUCUUUUCUACUCUCCCUAAAAUCAGCCAAAAUGCCCAUCCCCGUCCCCUCCGCCUCCAGCCUCCAGGACCUCUUCAGCCUCAAGGGCAAGGUCGUCAUCAUCACAGGUGCCUCCGGCCCCCGCGGCAUGGGCAUCGAGGCCGCCCGCGGGUGCGCCGAGAUGGGCGCCGACGUGGCCAUCACCUACGCCUCGCGGCCCGAGGGGGGUGAGAAGAACGCGGAGGAGCUGGCCAAGACCUACGGCGUCAAGGCCAAGGCCUACAAGUGCGACGUCGGCAACUACGACAGCGUGCAGAAGCUGGUCGACGACGUGAUCAGCGAGUUCGGCAAGGUUGACGCCUUCAUCGCCAACGCCGGCCGCACCGCCAACAGCGGCAUCCUCGAGGGCUCCGUCCAGGACUGGGAGGAGGUCAUCCAGACCGACCUGAACGGCACCUUCCACUGCGCCAAGGCCAUCGGCCCCCACUUCAAGAAGCAGGGCAAGGGCAGCUUCGUUAUCACCUCCAGCAUGUCCGGCCACAUCGCCAACUUCCCCCAGGAGCAGACCUCCUACAACGUCGCCAAGGCCGGCUGCAUCCACAUGGCCCGCUCGCUGGCCAACGAGUGGCGCGACUUCGCCCGCGUCAACAGCAUUUCGCCCGGCUACAUCGACACCGGUCUGUCCGACUUCGUCGACAAGAAGGUCCAGGACCUCUGGAUGUCCAUGAUCCCCAUGGGCCGCAACGGUGACGCCAAGGAGUUGAAGGGUGCCUACGUCUACCUCGUCAGCGACGCCAGCUCGUACACCACCGGUGCCGAUUUGCUCAUCGACGGUGGCUACUGCGUGCGGUAAACGUACGAGUCCCCGGACGAAAUUGGUUUGCAUGUACUUAGUUGAUACCUAAUGCCGACUCUUAACGAUUAUAAUGUGAGAAUGAACAUGAUUCACUGCAAGAA